AUGGCAGGCGGUGGCGAUGCGGAUGCCGCUGGCUGGAAGGACCGAGUCAGGUCGAAGGCACUCAAGGAGAAAGAGAAGGAGAGGGCGAAGGCGUCGUCCAAGGAGAAGGGCAAGGGCACCGCGAUCUGCAUAGACAGCGACGACUGCGAGGUGACUGUCACCAAGUCUGCAGCGACGAAGAAGAACGACAGGAAGAGGAAGAAGAGCAGCAGCUCUAGCAGCAGCAGCACCAGCACCAGCCGCCGGCGCCGCAGAAAAGAGAAGAAGAAGGCCCGUCAGGCCGCCGAGGUCGAGAAGAGAAGAGAGGCGAUGAUGAUGGCCACUCGAGGUAUGGUGUCCAAGGGCAGCCACGCCGUCGACUUUGUGACGGGCGGAUCCUCCGCGCGGCCACGGGACGACCCCUUCGCGGACGGGGACCCGGGCGGUGCCGAGAUCUGCAGGUAUCAGAGGGGCCAGUGCUUCCGCGAGAACUGCCGCUUCUCCCACAGGUGA